UUUAUGAAAAAAAAAAAGAGUAAACCCCCGCACAUCUGUAUACCCCGCACCUCUGUAUACCCCGCAACUACCAUUUCUUUUUAAAAUCUUAUAAUAUAACAUACGGGCCAUAUACGCGACAAUACGGUAGACACGUGACCAGCAUUAUGAGAGCAAAGCGUUUUAAUUUCCCCCAUCUACCAGUCCCACUGCUAACUCUCAAAGGUAAAAGAAAAAAAAAGAUUGCACACUUCUAGCAAAAGAUUUCAUGAAGUGAAAUUUAAAAGAUGAUGAUUUAUGGCCGUGCUAUUUGUAUCUUGCCGGUUAAGAAACAACCAUCAUGACGGAGCAUCCAUUUAUGACGUCCAGAUUAUUAGCGUGGCGGAAGGUAGAGCCUAGACAGUGGCGUUUCGGUAGAGACUGGAAGGAUUACACGUGCGUCACGUGAACACUCAGGAGAAAGUCAGGAGAAACCAAAAAAAGGAAGAAGCAAGGUUCCAACAUUGAAUCCUCGUGGCUGAUGUCGGCGGAGGUAGCCUGCUGGACACUGGGCAUCAUUCUGGGUGGGCUCCUGGACUCUAAACUAGGGCCCAGGUCGACCAUGCUCCUGGGAGCUUUUCUCUUCAAUAUAUCCUUUUUUCUGACCUUCCUGACAUUUGAGUUGACAUUUGUGACAUUUAUUCUGUCACUUGGGGUGCUCACGGGUAUUGCUGAUGGAAUACUCCACUCUGCCAGUUUGUCUUACAUCAUAAUGUGGGUCGACGAUUACGUCGGUUUGGCUGUAGGUUUGGUCACCAGUAGCCUUGGCCUUGGCGCUGUCCUUAUUAAUUUGAUCAUCACAAGAUACAUUAACCCAUUGAAUCUGAACCCUGACGUCACAGAUGGGAAUCUUCGUGUUUUCACUCAGGCAGAUAUAUUAGACCGAGUUCCGCGCGUCUUUCUGAUACUUGGAACCUUCAGCUCAGUCUUUCACUUUCUUGGCUUUGUCUUUCUGCAGUCACGAAGAUACCACGACAAGACAGUCAAAUGUGCACGCGCAAUCUAUGCUGCGCGUCCACCAGAGGGCGCUGCCAAACAUACCGACAGAUUGAGCGCGAGCCAAAUCUCCGUAAACUGUGCCGGGAAACUGACGAAGUCAUUGAAAGACAUCGAAGCCACUUUGGCAGGAUGUAAAGAAUCAGAUGCAGUGUCACCAGAAAUAUCUGAGUCAGACACUGCCCGGCUACUCGAGCAGAGCUGCAAUUUCGCAGGAACAAAUAGUGGCAAUUCUGUUAAGCGAGAGCGUGUGCAAGUCUGUAAGCUUUGUUGUCGCAAGUGUCUCAGCGAAGACGCUCGCAAAGACCUACUCGGUUUCUCCAAUGAGCUUCAGACGAUGCUGAAAACAAAAGAGUUCUACCUUCUAGUGAUGCUACAGUUCUCUAUGGAUUACGCUUUGGUCGUUGUCUCUCAUUUCUACAAGUUGUUUGGCCAGACUUGGCUGAGCGAUGACCAGGUCCUAGCAGUACUGGGCACUGUAAUGACUGUCACCACCAUCUUUCCAAAACUCUUGCUCGGGGCGCUGCAAGACAAGGUCGGCUUGAAGGAGACUUGGAUCAUCAUGACCUCAGGCACAACUAUUACGUCAGCCUUCUGGGACUUCACCCCAAAGGUCAACAAGUGGAUGUUUUUUAUCUGGACCGUGUGUAUCACGUGGUUUGUAUGCGCCUUUGACAGCCUCGUUGUGGCAGGCGUCGUGGAGAUUUACGGAACCUAUCGUUGCAAUCUCAAGUACGGAAUCGUGGCGGCAUUCAGCACCGUCUUGCAGCUGACGGCGCCUCCAAUCAUGAGCCAGAUCCUUGAGACAUUUGAAUGGCUUGGCUUAUUUUUAAGUGUUAGCUGCCUCCAUUGUGUGUCCUUGAUUGUCAGCGUAUUAUUUUUGCCACGAAGCGGAUCUGCUUCUAAGACGAUGAAUGAUCAGGGUGAGAAUCCGAAAGGAGAACUGACGUCAGUUCCGGAGGGAAACUGCUGCCAUGGUGAUGUGAAAACCAUCGGAGAUUUGAGACCACUGGCCGAUAAAGCUUGUUGUUUGCCUCUCCCAUGCAACGAGUCGGAUCAGUCAAGAGGCAACACAGCCCAGAAACUGCAUAGUGAUUCUACGUAUUCGUCAUAUAACUCUGAAUUGACUCACUCUUUACACAAUGAAUCCGCUUAUUUCCCACCCAAGGAAUAUGCUGAUCAAGUCUACGAAUCAACUCGUUCACCCUUCAGAGAUCAGAUCAUUAUCCAGUCAGUACCUACACAUGAAAUUCACUCUUCACUGAAUGAAUAACAUUUUCAUGUAAUGAAUUCUCCAAAUAUCUACUCACAUCCCGAAUCAGUUUAUUUUCCAUGUAUCGUAUGAAAGGUCAUUCAAUGAAUCGACCCACUCUUAUUCAGUUAAAACAUUCCCGAUUCCAUGAAUCAAAUCAUUCCAGUUUUUCAUGAAUCAACUAUUUUUCAUUCCUUAUAUCUACUUAAUUCUCACACCAUAAAUCAACUCAUUUCAAUGAAUCAAGUCAUUCCUCCCACAAUGAAUCAACUCAUUCCUCCCAAUGAAUCAACUCAUUCCUCCCAAUGAAUCAACUCAUUCCUCCCAAUGAAUUAACUCAUUUCUUACUCCAUGAAUCAACUAAUUCCUCCCACAAUGAAUCAACUCAUUCCUCACACCAUGAAUCAGCUCAGUGAAUCAAAUGACUCAGGCUCAUUUCCAGCGUGUCAAAUCAGUUCUGUUCUCAACUCUUGAAUGAAAUCUAACUUUAGUCAUCAGGCCAUUCUGCGAGUCAAAGUACUUGGAAUAUUUCAAAAACUAUGCUACUGAAAAUAUUUAAACUAAAACAUCAUUUGAUUGUUUUAUUGUACAUUUAGACCCAGUACGAUUGUAUACAGACUCCUAGUAUUAAUAACUUCAUGCUCAAAUCAUAAUGCAAAACACAACUGAUCCAAAUUCAUUCUUGUAACUUACAUGAAGCACUUAUUACAAUGAAAUGUAAUUUAUCCGGUUUAUUACUGAAUCUGUUUCUCUGACCCUAGUUUUUCUCCUGUUAUCACUAUCUGUCUAAUUGUGUCAAUCUGUCUAAUUGUGUCUAUCUGUCUAAUUGUGUCAAUCUGUCUAAUUGUGUCAAUCUGUCUAAUUGUGUCUAUCUGUCUAAUUGUGUCAACAUGUCUAAUUGUGUCUAUCUGUCUAAUUGUGUCAACAUGUCUAAUUGUGUCUAUCUGUCUAAUUGUGUCAACAUGUCUAAUUGUGUCAACAUGUCUAAUUGUGUCUAUCUGUCUAAUUGUGUCAACAUGUCUAAUUGUGUCAACAUGUCUAAUUGUGUCAAUCUGUCUAAUUGUGUCAUUAUGCUUCUCUAAAAAAUUGAAAAAACAAAUUGUUGAUAGGAUUCUUUUUAAUUUACUCGUAUACCAUUGAUCAACUAGCUGUCUAAUUUUAUCAAUAUGCUGCUCUAAAAAAAAAAUUAAAUUGUUGAUAGGAUUCUUUUUUAAUUUACUCAUAUGCACUUGAUCAAUCCCAAAACUACAGUGGACGAAUAACCCAAACAUUUAUUUCAAAAUUUGAACUUUGACCUAUUUAAAUGUAACUUUGCAACGUCAUUGCACUUUGACCUCCUCAAGAGCAUAACAGUGCAACUUGAUUUGUUGGAAAAUGGGGAACUGUUUUUAAAACCGAAACCAAACUGU